GAAGGAAAGAUGUGCAACCUAAAGCUGUCAGUUUUCUUCAUUGCACUUUCUGUCACUCUGAGCUGUUUGGAAGCUACACCUAUUGAGAGAUUACUGUCUGUGGCUGAUGAUCUAUCUGAUGGUACUUCCAAGAGACAAGGAUGGAUGUUGCCUGUAAUGUCACAUAAUACACUCUCAGCACUUAGUGAGGAAAUGCCAGAACAACCAGCAGCAAAGGCAAAAAGCCACCAGCUGGAGAAGAGGAAAUGCAACACGGCCACGUGUGUGACACAGCGCCUGGCCGCCUUCCUGGUGCGCUCCAGCAGCAGCCUGGGGGCCCUUUACCCACCCACCAACGUGGGCUCCAACACCUACGGCAAGAGGGACACGGCAGGGCUGCCAAGCACGCAGCCCCAAAACCAUGCACGGCUCUAGGGCCGUGAGGCAGCUCUUGAGAAGCUCAGUUUUUAAUGUAUCAGCAACCUCUUGGUCGUUUAUUACCUGUACAGUCUUAGCAGUGCCUUGUUCUCUGUGUGUGUGUGUGUGUGAUUUAUGUUCACCAUCCCGCUGUGCAUGUACAAGGACAUGCACAGGCUACCCUUCCAACACUCCACUAAGAGCUCCAGAAAUCUGCUUGGUAAAUUCCUUUGUAAAA